UGUCACUUGCCUAGCAGAGAACCAGAACAGGGUGGCAUGGUGAAGGGAGGGGAAGCUGAGAUCAUGGGCACUUCCAUCUUCACAUAUCUCUUCAUUAUCCUCCUCACCGGCUGCUCUCCAGCAGGAUGUGCUGACGACGGAGGCUCUGCAUCCCAUGGCACAGCUGAAAGCGCAAAGAAACCUGUGCUGUUGAACAAUACAGCGGAUGUCAAAGCCUUCAUCAGUGGCGCAGAGGUGGCAGUCAUUGGAUUCUUCCAGGAGCUGGAGAGUCCCGGAGUGUCUGAGUUUCACCUGGUGGCGGGCCUGAUGCCCGAGGUGCCCUUCGGCCUCUGCACCAACCCGGCGGUGCGGUCCCAGUACAACGCCACGACCAGCACCCUCACGCUCUUCCGCAGGGCAGAUGAUGACUGGAGGGAUCUGGAUAUCAUAGAUGGGAAAGAAGUCAGUGCUGAGAAGAUGAUUCGUUUCAUUCGGAUGAAUGAGCUCCGGCUGGUGACUGAGUAUAACCCUGUGACAGCAAUUGGCCUGCUGCAGAGUUCUGUCCAGUUUCACCUCCUCCUGAUCGCAGACAAGAAGUCCCCAGAGCAUCCGGAGGACAUGCACAGAUUUCGUGAGGCAGCAGAGCUCUUCCAGGGGAAGAUUCUCUUUGUCCUGGUAGACAGCAAUGUGAAGGGCAAUGAACGAGUGGUGUCAUUCUUCAAACUGAAGAAGUCCCAGCUGCCAGCUCUGGCUAUAUUUCACACACCAGAUGAGGAGCGAGAUGUGUUGCCCCUGGAUGAAGUCUCCAUUGAGCUUGUGCAGGACUUCUGUAAUGCUUUCUUACAAAGAAAACAGAAGAAAGAAGAUGAACCAGAUGAAUCAGAGGAGAAGGCCCCCAAUGAGGAACUCUGAUUCCCUUCUCAGCCCACAGGAUAACUCUGCCCAGAGUCACCUGUUCUUGAUGUAUGAAGAAUUCACUAAGCCACACUGCUCAGGAAUUUCUGGGACAGUAGGAAUAAGGGGCCAAGUCAGCCAUGGCUUCUUGUGUCCUUACUAUAUACAUAUAUGCUAUCUGUCCUCUCUAGGAAUCUCUCCUCCCUUCUCAUUUGCUGGCUCUAACUCUCUUUUUUUCUGUACUCCAGGAGCACUGUUUUUUCCCUACACUUGAGUCCUUCUAUGCCACCAGUAUCAGAGCAAAGGGUGAUACAGCAAAAUGGCAGUAUCAGAGAUACAGCAUGUAGCUCCUAGAGAAACUGACAGGUCUGUUUUCCUCUCGAUGAUUCCUUCCUUCUCUUUUGCUUUUGGUGCCAGGCUGGCAUCCCCUGUCAGCCCCUCCUGACACUAGGAAGAGAUUGGCUGUCUGAGGUCACAUGAACUUUUCCAUUUAUUUUACUAAAUAAAGCAGAAAGUGAAUAG